GCGCAUGCGCUAUUUCAUUUUCCGGUUUCACCGGUAAAAAUGCCCUUACCAAUUCAACAAGGACUUUUUCAGGCUGCAGCAGAGCCAAUGCAGGUAGAUGCUGCUCCUGAGGAAAAUGACAAUGUGGAGGAUGUACAGUAUAUGGUGGAGUCGACAACACUUGACUUGGAACAGUAUGCCAGUCAGUAUACAGGUCUUGCAAAAUUAAACCGGCUCAAAUUCAUAGCAGAUCACUGUCCACCUCUCAGACUAGACGCCCUGAGAAUGGCUCUUCAAUAUGUGAUGACAACAUACAAUACAAAUCUCUACCAACAAAUUUAUAGGAAGUUGCAAGAAGCACUGUCAUCGAACUCUAGUUUACCUGAUGCUGUGGUUGGUGCUGUAAGUAACGUAACACCUCUCGAUGCCCAGUGGAUAGAAACAACAUCCAAAAAGGCUGCCCUCAAACUAGAAAAGUUGGACACAGACUUGAAAAACUACAAAAGUAAUUCCAUAAAAGAAAGCAUAAGGCGAGGUCAUGAUGACCUUGGUGACCACUAUUUAGACUGUGGGGACCUCAGUAAUGCUCUCAAGUGCUACAGUCGAGCCCGCGACUACUGUACCAGCCCAAAACAUGUUGUUAACAUGUGUCUUAAUGUCAUCAAGGUGAGCGUAUACCUACAGAACUGGUCGCAUGUACAGAGUUACGUGAACAAGGCAGAAGGAACACCAGAAGUAACAGAGCAUGGGAAGGACGGCGGUCAGACAAUACUGACCAAGCUCCGAUGUGCUGCAGGCCUGGCGGAUCUUGCCACCAAGAAAUACAAGUCUGCUGCUAAAUACUUCCUCCUAGCUAGCUUCGACCACUGUGAUUUCCCUGAGUUACUGUCGCCACACGAUGUGGCCACAUACGGUGCCUUGUGUGCCCUGGCGUCCUUCGACAGACAAGAGCUCCAGAACCAUGUCAUAUCCAGCAGUUCUUUCAAGCUGUUUUUGGAGCUUGAGCCUCAACUACGUGAUAUAAUACACAAAUUUAAUGAAUCCAAUUAUGCAUCAUGUCUACACUUGUUAGAUGAAUUAAAGGACAAUUUAUAUUUAGAUUUGUACCUAGUUCCACAUGUAAACACACUAUACUCCCAGAUAAGGAACAGAGCUCUUUGCCAGUACUUCAGUCCAUACUUAUCGGCAGAUAUGGGUAAGAUGGCAGCUUCAUUCAACACGAGCGUUUUAGCAUUGGAGGAUGAACUCAUGCAGCUGAUCCUUGAUGGACAGAUCAAGGCCAGAAUAGACUCCCAUAGCAAGAUUUUAUAUGCAAAGGACACUGACCAGCGGAGUACGACAUUUGAGAAGUCAUUACAGAUGGGGCAGGAGUACCAGCGCAGAACAAAGGCUCUUGUUCUUAGAUCGGCUGUCUUAAAAAACCAAAUCAGUGUGAAGUGUCCGCCUCGGGAAGGAGGUCAGGGAGGGGAAAUGUCCAUAGCGCCUGGAAAUGCCUCGUCAGCACGCAAUUGACGCCAGCUUGGACUUUAUAGCCAAUGUUAGUCUUUCAAGUGAUACCAGGCCAAUUUCUUAACUCAAAGACUACCUGCAUUGCGUACCACUGGAUUUCUUGAACAUGCAUGCUCACAGAUAAACAGUGCAUGUAUUGUUCAUUGCCCCAGGUCAAUUUUGAAAGUUGAUGACAGGUUGUUGUGGCUUCUUUGGUGUUUUAAGGUAUAACAUACCUGCCAAGUUUUGCACUUAAUUAAAGCUCUAAAUGUAUAUGAACAAUAUUGAGAAAUGUGAUCAUUGUUAAUGCCAUGGUGAAAAGUGCUAUUCAUAUAGUGAGCUUUCUUGUAUUAAUAAUAAUGAGUGUCAACUUCAUAUUUUAUGAACAACUUGAUUAACAUUAAUUGCUAUAAAAGGUCUUUUUAUCCCAUGCAUUUUGUAGUGCUGUAUUGUUUAUGAUACUUUUGCAUUGUACAUUAAGUUUAUAAUUGAAACAUCAGCUGUCAGACAUACAUUAUACUACAUUUAUAUUAAUUGAUAAAAUGAUUAUGAUAGGAAGUGAGUCUGAAUUAUUAAAUAAAAUCAAUUCAAAGUAGUUGAAAGCGAACUUCUCAUCUUAAGAUGAUAUACAUAAAUUUGCUGCUUAUAAUUUAUCUACAUACACAUCAUGUACAUAAAGGAAACACAAGUGCUAUUGUCCAGUUUAACUUUUAUUAUGCCCCCUUUUGAAAAAAGUGGGGUAUAUUGUUUUGCACAUGUCGGUCGGUCGGUCUGUCUGUCUGUCGGUCGGUCGGUCGGUCGGUCGGUCGGAAUACCAAAUGGUUUCCGAUCAAUAACUUGAGAACGCUUUGACCGAGGGACCUCAUACUUGGUAUGUGUAUUGGUCAUCACCAGCAGAUGAACCCUAUUGAUUUUGAGGUCAGUGGGUCAAAGGUCAAGGUCAGUGUGACCUUUACAUGAAAAACGGUUUCCGAUCAAUAACUUGAGAACGCUUUGACCCAGGAACCUCAUACUUGGUAGGUGUAUUGGUCAUGACCAGCAGAUGAACCCUAUUGAUUUUGAGGUCAAAGGUCAAGGUCAGUGUGACCUUAACAUGAAAAACGGUUUCCGAUCAAUAACUUGAGAACGCUUUGACCCAGGGACCUCAUACUAGUUCCAUUCAAAUUUAUGCCAAACAAAGAGCUUCAUUUUGGUCUAUACAUAUUGGGAUUAAUUUAUAUUGGGAUAAUUUUUCAGGCAGUUUUGUCAGCAACACACAUUUGUCUGAUCCUUUACAUUUGUCUUAUUGUGUAGAGCUGUCAAACUUGGUAUUUACAUUCAUUAUGGUCAGAAAACCCUAAUUGAUUUGGGUCUGUAGGUCAAUGGUGAAGGUCUUGUAUGACAUGAAAAUAACAAGUGACGUACUAGUAUCCCAAUUAUGGAAUUUUAGUUCAUUUAUAUUUGGGAUGUGAACCUGUGAAAACAACAACAGGCUUCACAUUUCAGUCACACAUUCACAGUAAUGAGGAAGUUGAUUGUUCAUAAAGGCUCAAAAUAUGCCUUGGUCUUGUGUUGCAAUGUUAUGAUGAUUGAUUGGUUAUUGAAAUAAAGGCAGAACAAUAUAUUUGUUGCAGUUGGUAACUACAAGUUCAUAUCCUUGUAUGUACAUGUUUAUAUUUUUAUUAUUAAAUGAAUUAAAACUAUAAAUCCUG